AUGGAAACUGUUAGGCAACGUCAACAGAGGCGCCAGAGUGAUGCUGCAGCUCACCGCCAACGGUACACCAAUAAUCCUCAGCUGCACAAAUUCACUCUUAAAUUCUCUGAAGAUACGGAUGUAGGCAAUUAUUUUGCUUCGCACAGAAUCGAUGUUACUAACAGCACUAUAUGUAAUCACUGUAAUGCGCUUAAGUUACCUACAGAAAGUCCAGGAAUGUGCUGUUCCAAUGGAAAGGUAGUGUUGAUGGAACCUACUAUUCCACCACUUUUGCAACAUCUCUUUACCAGUCAGGAUGAUAUUGCAAAGGAUUUUCAUGACAAAAUUCGUUUUUACAAUUCGGCAUUCACCUUUGCUUCCGUUGGUGUCAGGUUCGAUCGCGAGCUCGCUAAUGCAAAGAACGGCAUCUAUACUUUUCGUGUUCAAGGUUCAUUUUAUCACCGGAUUGGUUUGCUACUACCAGAGGCAGGAUCUAAUCCCCACUACCUACAGAUGUAUAUCUAUGAUACCCAACAUGAACUACACCAUCGAACGAAUACCAUCCCUAAUUCAAAUCUCAAUCCUGCUAUUGUCGAAGACAUAAAAGCCAUACUUGAUGAAGUGAACCCCUAUUCUAUUAACUUUCGAUACAUUUCCAAUUUUCCUGAAGAAGAUAUCAAAAAUCUAUCGAUGCUUAUUCAUACAAACAUUCCUGGACUCGACCAAAGAACCCAUAAUGUUCCAACGGCUCCUCAGGUAGCGGCAAUCUGGAUCAAUAAUAAUGUGCCUCCCGGUGCGAUUCAGAAACGCGACAUUCUAUUACGUACACGAAUGAAUCAGCUGAUUCAUAUCUCUGAGUUCAGUGG